AUGCACCAUAUUGAUGCUCAAACGUCAAAUUUACAGAAUACAAGGACAGCAGUUAGCAGCAUUGGUCUCUUGCCAACAUGUCUUUUGCUCGCAUGGCUAGGGACAAUAUGGUGGGGUGAACAUGCCGUCUUCUCGAGCCAUGUGAAAGGUUGCGCAUGGAGUAACUGGGAGAAAUGGAAAGAUUCUUCUCAACCUCAUCAUGUUCUGUUGGUCGCAGAUCCCCAGCUGGUCGAUCCUCAUACAUAUCCAGGCAGGCCCUGGCCCCUCUCGACCUUGACCAUCUUCUACACCGAUCUGUAUCUUUCGCGAGCUUACAACCAACUUCUUACUAGGUUGGCACCAGACACAACCUUCUUUCUGGGUGAUCUGUUCGAUGGCGGUCGAGAAUGGGGGACCACAGGCUACAAUUCACCAGAAGAUCAAUACAAGCAGUAUGGGCAGGAUUUCUGGCUGAAAGAGUAUGAAAGAUUUCAGAACAUGUUCGUCAAGCCCUGGUACGAUCUUGGAAUGCCCAAAUUACCGACUGAGAAUGGACGUAAGCUUGUAACUUCUCUACCUGGCAACCAUGACCUUGGUUUUGCAGGUGGUAUCAAUUCAAAAGUCAGGUCUAGGUUUGAGGCUCAUUUCGGGCCAACUAACAGGAUCGAUGUUCGUGGAAACCACACAUUCGUGUCGCUAGACACUGUCUCUCUGAGUGCCAUGGACCAGGUCGACAUACAAACUGGAGCUAGUGGGCUAGGUGAUAAGUCUGCCGUUUCGAAGAAUAGCAAUAUCUGGCAGCCUGUAGAGACAUAUCUAGAUAAUGUGUCUGAACUCAGAGAGCAGGCGGUGAAGCAAACAAUUCGCAGCACAGGCGCACGCUCUAGCUUCCCCGAGUUAAGGAAAGAGGCUGUGAAAUUCCCUCCGAAAUACCCUUCAGGUGUUCAAAGUCUCGAUCCGCGACCCGAAGACCAUCCACGGCAGUUGUCAGACCCUCUCAAAGUCACAACUUCACAAUACCCGACCAUCAUUCUAUCUCACGUCCCCUUCUACCGCUCCGAAACGUCCAACUGCGGACCCCAACGUGAACGCGGCACAGCAAUCCCUAUCCGUGCCGGCUACCAAUACCAGAACGUCCUGACCCCCCUAGUCUCCCGCGACAUCGUCGACAAACUUGAUGCGAGCCAAAUCACCCAAAUCUACAGUGGCGACGACCACGACUACUGCGAGAUCGAACAUGACGAAUUCACCGGACGAAUCAAAGAAAUCACAGUAAAAAGCAUAAGCUGGGCCAUGGGCGUCCGCAAACCAGGCGUCCAACUCGUCAGCCUCUGGAACCCCAUCGAUCUCGCGCAAGCUAUGGUCUCGAGCGGAUACGGUGUGUCAGACCCCAACAAACUCGACAAGACAUUCUCCAUGCCCAGAGGCACGGUACAGAACCAUCUAUGCCUUCUGCCUGACCAGCUGGCCAUCUUCGAAACCUACGGGUUCUUACUCGUAGCCACGUUCGUCCUUCUGAUCGCACGAGCCCUAUUCUGGAGGCCACCACAAAAACCCAACCACAGCGGCGACAUCGAGACUAACAUCCCUCUCCUCCCACGAAGUCUAUCCUUCAGCAAUAACAGCACCACCACCACCAACAACAUCAUCAACACAAAACGCGCCGCCUCCCCACCACCACCUCCUCCUCCUCCUCAAAUCGCAAACAACGACUCCAUCAGCUCCACCUUCUCGAACUACUCCAUCACCUCGCGUCGCGGUCCACAACUCGGAACCUACGGGCAGAUUCCGCCCCAUUCUUGCUCCAGAACACCAUCACCGUCCAAGAUGGCUUUUACGGCUGAGACGGACCCGUGGGGGAUGCCGACGAAUGAGGCGGAUCGAAAGGUGUAUGCGAGUGCGUAUAGGAGUUCGGUGUCGGGUGGGGGUGGACGGCGGUCCUGGCUCUUGAGGGAACCGAGGACGAAGCUGGAGGUUCUUGGGAGAAGUUUGCUGGUUGUGGGGUCUUUGCCGAUUAUAUUGUAUAUGGUUCUGUUGUGGAGGGAUACGUGA